GAUAGCUUAAAGAUAAAUUCGUGCAGUUGGGUUCCAUGGUUGAGCUUGAGUUAACUACAUAGUAAUGCAAUAUUCUGAAGCGAUUUCUGUGCACUGUGAAUUUAAUCUUAAAAUGUUGCAGACUCGAUUUCAACCACAACCGCACAGUCAUUAGCGAACAAUGCAGAUUCAUCUCCGUGUUUGCUGCGAACGAGUCAGCCAGGUUUGCUCACAUGCUACCAGAGCUGGCUGAGAUGGACCACCAUGAGAACCAAAUACCCUGUAGUACAACAAGGUUAAUAGGCUUAACACUGCUGCAUGCCUCUAAUAACAUGGCUAAUGCACGAUGUGAAGGGCUGCAAAUAAUUGCCCUGUAAAAAAUAAAAUAGAUACACCCGAAUUAAGGUUGUCUUCAACUCUAAUUCCUCUACUAUUUCACUAAUGGGGACCUAACACCCACCACUGGAUUUCUUAAUUGAAACUACUUCUCCUGAUAGAAACUGGGAAGGAAACAUCAGUUGCCAUGCGUAUCAGUCUCUGCCAAGGCCUGUUAACUGGUGCCAUCAUCCUCAACCUCCUCAUUCUUUACUAUGUGUCCCGGGCUCAGCAGCAAAUGAUGGACAAGAGGAAAGAGCUUGGCAGGGGCACGAGGAGGGCGGCCCUUCCAGCCUCUGGUCUGGGCAGAGGCCUAGGGGUACCUGUAGGAGCUGGUGGUGAGCCUGGAGUGGUUGGAGGGGAGGGACACAGUCGUGGCCCACGUGUAACUGUUCUUCUUAGGGAGUUUGAAAACUUUGAGAAUUAUGUUGGGGAUGUGGCUAACUCUUUCCUCCGCCAGAGACCUGAGCUUCCCUUCCUGGCUGUGGCAGACACGUCUCCGUACCCACCCCUUGUGCUUCCAGAGGGGGCCCGCCUUCUAGUCCUCUCCCCCAGCCCGGACCAGCCACCACAAGCUCACAGGCCAGAGUUCCACGUCCAGACGGAGUUUGUGCUGCUGGUGCCUGACGGGGUGGAGUUGGAACAACCUCGGGCUAUCGAGAGGCUGAUCAGGGAGUUGGAAGGUGAGGGUGGGGGGCCUGUGAGGCUGGUAGCUGCGCCUGUGCUGGCUCGAUCUGCUGUGCAGUGUCUCCACCUGCGGGUGAACCUCAGAGAGUGGACAGCCACCUACUCACCGGCUGCAUCUGGGAGCAGUGGAAGUGUGUGUUCGGCUUUACAAGGAGAUGCAGUUGUCCUCAUUCGCACUGAGGAUCUUUUUAAUCUCUCCGUCCCUGUGGGGCGGCCCCUCUUCUCCUCGCUCUUCGUCCAGACUGCCCUGAGAGGCUGGAAGGUCAAGCUUCUGGAGAGCCCCUGUUUCGCCGCGAACCAUCGGCCCCUCUUCAGCUCCGCCCACAACCAGUGGAAGGCCGACACUCGACUGAAGGAGGCCACCGGGAAGCUCAUGAGGAGCUUUGGUCUGAAGCGUCUCCUGCUGCCUGAUGGGAAGGAACAGUGGUAUGGCUGCAGUAAAGAGACGCCUCGCUGCUUUGGCACUGUGCAGGAUGACACUCCAGACUACCUUUAUCUGGACCGCUGGACACCUCCCUGCUGUCUGCGCGCUCUCAGGGAAACCACCAAGUAUGUCAUCAAUAUUCUGGAGACCUCAGGUGUGCGCUACUGGCUCGAGGGGGGGACCCUGCUGGGCGCCGUCCGCCAUCAGGACAUCAUCCCGUGGGACUAUGACGUGGACCUGGGCAUCUACCUGGAGGACAUACCCAACUGUGAUCACUUGAAGAACCUGGACUCUGGCUCUCUUGUGGAUGCUAACGGCUAUGUCUGGGAGCGUGCAGUGGAAGGAGACUUCUACAGAGUCCAGUACAGCGAGGCCAACCACCUGCAUGUUGACCUGUGGCCAUUCUAUCCCCGUAAUGGCGUCAUGACCAAAGACACGUGGACAGAGCACAAACAAGACGUGGAGUUCCCAGAGCACUUCCUGCAGCCGCUGGUACCCAUGUCUUUUGCCGGAGUCACUGCCUACAGCCCCAACAACCACCGAGGCUUCUUGGAGCUCAAGUUUGGAGAGGGGGUUAUUGAGAACCCCCAGUAUCCCAACCCCUCGAAAAAGAGGCUGGACAGAAGCAAAUUAUGAGAUAGAGACUCGGAAGCCCUUUUAAUGUAAAAACUUUUUUUUUUUUUAAACUGCCUAAAAGAUGAUGGCUGAAAACUAAUAUGGUGCCAAAAUGACUGCAUUUGGGUGUCAAUUUUACCACAGUUAUAUCAGCAGUUUAACCUCAUGCCUGGUCAAAUGUUUUCUAUUAUCAGUAUUUGGAUGCAAAGUCUAACCUUGGACUGCCUUCUUAUUCUUUGUGGUGGUGAGAUUUUGUUUGCAAGGGGCAUGAACGCUUGAAAGAUUUAAAUCCAUACACUAGUAUUAUUGUCAGGCAUAUGUUAAAGAGGCAAGGACUGGCACUACAUGGUGUACUAGAUCUGUAUGUGUUGUACAGUAAAAUAUAAAUAUGAAUGCUGUAAAGAUGGUAAAUACUGUUAAAUUAUAGUGAUAUUGUUUUUUGUUGAAAACUGCAGUGUACAUUAUCUUAAUAAGGAUUUAAGGUUUUGGACGGAAUUAUUUGCCCAAACAGGUGUUUUAUGAUUUGUUUUUUACUUUGAUGCAUUGAUUUGCACUGGUUCUUUCAGAUGAUGCAGUUUAUGAAUGAUUGUCACUGUAAAUCGAUGCCAUUUGGUACCCGACAGCUGUGGCGUGGUGAAUGUUUGUCAUUCAUGCUCUCAUUUUUGGCAUAUGGAGAGGAAGAAAUGUUACUCUAUCAGGCCUUAGUAUUCAGUUAAAAAAACGUAUUUUUAUGAAUAUUAACAUUAUGUGUGUUACUACCCACUGUGUAUUAACUCAAAUGGAAUUUCAAUUCAGUGGAUUAAUCAAAGAAAAA